AUGCCACUUCAGCCUACAAAUUACACCUUGAAGAUGUACAACAAAUCUACCAUAAGGCCGCUAGGAAAAGUACACUUUCAAGUUACCAAUCCAAAUAAUGGUACCUCAUAUGACACUGAAUUUAUUGUGAUCAAGGAGGACUGCAUGUCACUCUUAGGAAAUAAAACUUUACAGCACAUGGAGCUCUUAAACUGGAGAAAGGAGAACAUUCUAAGUGUGAGAAGGCUGUUAUCAUCACCUCUCAGCAAGAAGCAGCUCUUCGCAGAGUUUCCAGAUGUCUUUGAAGGAGUAGGUCGUCUCGCAGGAAAAUAUCACUUAGUUCUAAAUGAAAACAUACAGCCUGUAGUUCAUCCACCAAGGAAAGUGCCUAUCGCACUGAAACCAUUGUUAAAAGCAGAACUUGACAAACUUCAGGAAAUGAACAUUAUUACACCAGUAAGUGAACCAAUAGCAUGGGUCUCCAGCUGUUUGAUGGUCGUGAAAGCAAACAAAGUCAGAAUCUGCAUAGAUCCGAAGGACUUGAACAAAGCACUUAAGAGGAGCCAUUAUCCACUUCCUACGAUAGAGGAAAUACUUCCAAACCUUUCUCGUGCAAAAGUAUUUAGUGUUCUGGAUGCACGUAACGGAUUUUGGCAUGCUGAAUUAGAUAAGGAAAGCUCUAUGCUUACUUCAUUCAACACCCCAUUUGGACGAUUCAGAUGGUUAAGGAUGCCCUUCGGUAUCUCGACUGCACCGGAAGAGUAUCAACGUCGUCAAGAUCAGGCGGUAGAAGGACUACCAGGUGUUUUGACUAUUGCUGACGACAUAUUGGUUUAUGGUGAAGGUGACACAGAAGAGGAUGCCAUUGUAGACAUUGACCAGCAACUGAAAGCACUCAUGAAGAGAUGUCGUGAACGAGGACUUGUGCUCAACAAGGACAAACUAGGACUUCGUGAGACGGAGAUUUGUAGGACAUCUCAUAACAAAGGACGGUUUGAAGCCCGACCCUGA